GUGGCGCUGGAGCACGAGAGCGGCGCGAGCGCCAAGGCCUUCGUCUACGGCGCCGACGUGACGUCCUACAAGGACGCGUCCGGCACGGAGUGGAUCGCGGUCCGUCCCGACGCGAAGAUGGACGGGUCGAAGCCCAUCUCCGGCGGCCUGAGCCACUGCUUCCCGCAGUUCGGCCCCGGCGCGAUCCAGCAGCACGGCUUCGCGCGCAACGUCGACUGGGACAUCGUGAAGACCGAGGGGUCCUCCGUGACGUUCCGCCUCGCGCCGUCCGCGUACACGCGCGAGAUGUGGGACGAGCCCUUUGUCGUCGACUUCGAGGUCGCGCUCUCCGCGGCGUCGCUCGACACGAAGAUGACCGUGACGAACACGGGCAGCGGCGACUCCUUCGACUUCCAGGCGGCGCUCCACUCCUACUUCGACGUCUCGGACAUCAACGCGACGUCCAUCGCGGGCUCGUUCAAGGGCAAGACGUUCCUCGACAAGAUGCAGGACCCGCCCAAGGAGACGAAGGAGACGCGCGACGUCAUCACCGUCGGCGAGGAGUACGACCGCGUCUACAAGGGCAGCAACGACCCCGUCCUCAAGGACAAGGGCAAGGGCAAGGCGCUCACGAUCGACAACAAGGCCGGCUGGAAGGACACGGUCCUCUGGUCGCCCUACGGCGACGAGGGCAUGGGCUACAAAAACUUCCUCUGCGUCGAGUCCGUCGCCUUCGACCCCGUCUCCCUCGCCGCGGGCGAGAACUGG